AAAUAUGAACAGUAGGAUAGUCUAUAUUAGGUGAAGGCACACAGCCUGCUCGUUAGAAAUACUAAUCGAAACGUAUAAAUAUAUUUUAUGAACGUAAAUAUGCAUAUUAAAUGCAUCCAGUUGAACUGACUGAAUGCAAGAGCAAAAAUCCAUAGCGUGCUACACCCCUCCUCCCAGCCGUGGACUGUGACUUGGGCUGUUCAUUAAACCCUUCGUAGCCCAUUCAUUUUCAACAAACACGGGGAACUUUAUUUGAUCCGUUAAGACCAACGCCAAUGCAACAAUGACUUUAACGUCAGAGACGUGUUACAAGUCAAAGUUCAUCACUGCUGAGCUGGCGCGUCUGUUUAGCCAGUCAGACGACGAAGAGGAUUUUGAAGGGUUCAGUGAAGAGGAAGAGGUGGAGGAGAGCGAACGGCUCACCAAACCCUCAAAGCAUAAGAUUGUUGAGUCAGAAGGCAGCGACAUAGACACAGGCUUCUACUCUGAUGACGAGGCCGCCCAACCAAGGAGAAGUCUCUGUGUGGCUUUGAAGUUCCCUUCAAAGAAAGCCCCCACACCCAAACCGGAGCUCCCUGAGAAGAAGAUGAAGUCCAAGGAGCUGGGGGCGGUGGAAGCACCUCCUCUCAGGAGAGCUAGUGUAAGGAAUAAACUGAAGGAGGUUGUGGUGGUGGUGGCGGCAGCAGCCCCCCCCCCCCCCCUCGAGGAGGUGAAGUUGGAUGAGGACGACGACGACAGAAAAGAGGAGGACCUGUGUCUGAGCUUAAAGAAACGGGACAAGAACAUCAUGGAGAACAAAGCCAUGCUCGCCCAGCUGUUUGCCGAACUGAGCACCAUCGCCGAACUGACAUCACUCGACACUCCGCAGAGGAGGAAGAGCGCCACGGGCCAGACAGCCAGCCCCCGCAAGCGCAGGUUGGAGUCCCAGGCCGGCUCGGAGAGACGCAACCCGGCCCGCAAGGCCCGCCCACGAGAGCACUUUGGGGUGGAGGAGAAGCCUGAGUCCCCCAGGGGAGGUGGGCACGGCCCCAGGACCGUAGACAUCAGGAGACUGGUGGAGGUCAAUGAGGACGGUGUGAAGAUCGCCAAGAAAAGGCGGGUGAGCGGAGGCUACAAGAGGGGGCGAUACGUGGUGCGCUCCGUGGACGAGAUCACCCCGGAGGACCUGAACAACAUCGCCUUCCGAGCAAAAGACAAGAUCUGGGACAAGGACCGCGGCAGUUCCUGUCACCAGUGUCGACAGAAGACCCUGGACACUAAGACGGUGUGUCGUAGCGGGUCCUGCGUGGGGGUCAAAGGUCAUUUCUGUGGGCCAUGUCUGAAGAACCGCUACGGCGAGGACAUCCGCGAGGUCCUGCUGGACCCGACCUGGGCCUGCCCGCUGUGCCGCGGGGUGUGCAACUGCAGCCUGUGUCGCAAGAGGGAGGGUCGCUGUGCCACGGGCAUCCUGGUCGGGCUGGCCCGCUACAACGGCCACGACAAUGUCCACCAGUACCUGGAGAGCAUUCAGAAGGAGCUGCAGUAGAGGGAGGAGGAUCCCCCCCCCCCCCCCACUGGAUACUGGAACCAACCCUGACAGACGGACCGUUCUUGACGGUUAUUAUUUUUUCUUGUUAUAUGCACAAGUUAAGUGUUGUAAGUGCUGUUAUGUCAACAUGUUGGUGAAUGUAAUUUGCUACAUGCCUACACUGUAAAUGUGUUAUUACUGUAAGAAGAGCAGGGAUUGUUGUGUAACUCUUUUAACUUGACUAAGUUGUACUUUUGUUCCUUCUAUGGUAGUUUUUUUGAGUUUUAAAUGAUGCAAUUGGCUUUACUCUGUUCAAGCUGUUUUAUACUGAAUACACUUUAAGGUUUUAAUAAAGGAUAGCAUAGAAAAAUGAA